UACCUUUGAUCCCAGCAAGUACAAUGCAGUUUGAAAGGACAGGCCGCUUGAAUAUGUAUAAUUUUCUUGUACUGUCAGUAUUGUGUAGUACCAUCCUAGGUCUAUGUAAUUCAGCCGAACUAUGUCAUAAGGUGAGUUCCUGCUCAUGUCGGAAUUCAGAAGGACUGAUCGAUCUCGCGCCCCUUGCAAAGACCGACAACACAGCGGCAUUCUCUGACCUGUUGGACUCUGCUGGCUACUACAAGUAUUCCUGGAACCCAUGUCACCCAUUUACAGAGGGCACCUGCAUUGGCGUCGCGGGUUGUCAGCAAGACACGAAUAGUGGAGACUUCACGAGUAUUGGCAAGCAGGACACUGCACAGUUUAUAAAUGACGUGUCAGAUGGUCUUCAGAUUCAGUACACAGACGGGGCGAAAGCGCUCUCUGUGACGUUGAAGUGUGACAAAAUGGAGACCGGUAAACUUGACGUGAAGGGGGAAAUUCCAGCCGGGAGCCAGCAAUAUUAUUUAACUCUUCACAGUAAGCACGCGUGUCCUGGGACCGGAGGGGGAGGGGGACCUAGUGCUGUUUCCAUUGGAACCAUUGUAGUAAUUGCAAUAUCAGGAUGUGUGAUCUUGUACAUCAUCGGAGGGGUCAUCUUCCAGAAGUUUGUACGGAAGGCCUCAGGAGCCGAACUCCUCCCCAACUACAGUUUCUGGUCCUCAGUGUUCGGAGCCAUACAUGUAGGUGUUCUGUUCGUGUUCCGGUGCGGCAAAGGAAAUAGAGUUUAUUCUGAAAUAUGACGGUUAUCGGACUAGUCCCUGUCAUGAUAUCCAAAGGUACAGACGCUUUGUAAUGAACGUCAAGCAGCAAAAUGAUUUUGCCAUUGAACUACCAACUAUGAAGAUGUCAUACCAAGGCAGUCAUGAUCAACGUACCUUCGAGGGACCAGUCAAUGAACCAGCGCCAGAUAACGCCGUAUUCUUCAUGGGAUACAGUGCCAUUUGUGGCUUCCUGUGGAUACUACACUACCGGGCAAAAGAAAAUACACGCCAUGUGAGUGAAUGAAUGAGUGAGUGAGUUAAUAUUUAGCGUCGCAUCGACAAUUUUUCAGCCAUAUCGUGACGAUCAUUGUUGAUGGCGGCUAGAAAUGAUAUAGGUAUCAUAUUGGUAUCAUUGCUGUUUUGUUCUUGAUGUAUUGGAUCAUUUUCAGCGUUCCAGUGAAUGAAACGUUAUGUUUUCGAAAAAUGUCCAAAAUGUUUACUAUAUUUUGCUCGGCAGUGAAUACUCACAAUCAUGGGCAUGGCUCAGUUUCAUUCAUUCACAUGAAACCGGUUAAAUGUCACUCAGAAAAAUAAAAUGGGUUAUGCGUCA